CUUACUCCAUUCAAGACACGGUCAACACAAUGCCAAUCGCAAUCAGUGAAGAGGCCCCGAGCUCUCCGCAGGUCAUGCAGGCGUUCUACCGCCGCCUGUUUCCCUACAAGCCCUUCUUCAAGUGGCUCAACCAAGGCGAUGUCCCGGGGAAGCUCUGGACACACCGCGAGUUUGCCUUCACGAUCGAGAACGAGGUCUACAUCCGCUACAACUCGUUCAACACGGCGUACGACUUCCAGAAGGAGGUGCUCCGUCUCACGCCGUCGCGUUUCGAGAUUGGCCCGCAGUACAGCGCAAGGCCACGCGACCGCAAGACCCUCCCCGCUGGCGCGCUCCAGCCCCAACGCCGCGAGCUCGUCUUCGAUAUCGACAUGACAGACUACGAUGAGAUUCGUACCUGCUGCUCGGACAAGGCCAUCUGCAAGCGCUGCUGGGGCUUCAUCGCCGCCGCCGUCAAGGUCCUAGACAAGGCAUUAAGGGAAACGUUUGGAUUCAAGCACCUCCUCUGGGUGUACUCUGGUCGACGUGGUAUUCAUUGCUGGGUGUCUGACAAGCUCGCCCUGGACCUCAACGACGACCAGCGCCGUGCCCUCGUCACCUUCCUCGAGGUGAUCAAGGGUGGCAAGGAGCAGGUCAAGAAGGUCAACGUGCGCGGUGGACGUGACGACGUCGAGUUGCAUCCUUCUCUUCAGGAGGCACUCGAGACGCUCAAGUAUGAGUUUGUCAGGAUCUGUCUCGACGACCAGGACGUGUUCCGCACCCAGAAGCAGUUUGACACGCUCCUCCAGCUCCUCCCUGCCGACCGAGACUCGACAGACGCUCUCCGCGAGCAGUGGCAAUCUGACCCCGACCGCUCGAGUGUGCAAAAGUGGGAUGAUGUCAGGAAGACUGUCCUGCAGCUCAAGAAGAAGGGCAGCACGAGCAGCAACAUCAUUGCGAAGAAGUACGAGAAGGCCAUGGAGGACAUCAUUCUCCAGUACACGUACCCCCGUAUCGAUGCCGAGGUGUCGAAGCACCGCAACCAUUUGCUCAAGGCGCCGUUCUGUGUGCACCCGGGUACCGGACGCGUCUGUGUACCCGUCGACCCCGCACGAGCUGAAGAGUUCGACCCGGCCAAGGUUCCUCAUGUUGGCGAGCUGCUGGUCGAGCUCGACCGUGCUGCCGCGGAUGACUCGUCUGCCAAGCUGCCAGAGGAAUACGACCGUACAUCUCUCAAGCCCUACGUUGAUAUGCUGGAGCGACACGCGCGCGCCAUUGUGACCGACGUUCGCGCUUCCCGGCCAGCUGUCAAGGACGAGAGCAUCGACUUCUAAGGGCAUGGUUACGACUUGUUGUAUGCAUAGACUGAUACUCGCCGUGGUGCAACGGAACUCUAUACAUCUGUUUCUAUGGGGUAUGGUUCGCGAUCAGUGGCCAUUGGUACCGUUCGCGCUGCCCUUGCCAUUCAACGCUGCCUGCACAUCCUCCGACUCGCCGAUAUCGUCCCACCUCUUCCUCUCGAGGUCGUACGCCUCCGUGACGCGGCCGUACGCGAUGCCGCCGAGACGGGACACGGGGCGCAAGCGCUCCGUGAGGACGCGGUACGGGUCCUUCUCGUCGAAGAUGAACUCCUUGGCGUGGAUGCGCUUCACGGUGCCCAGAAAGACAGUGUUGGACUCGGACCCGUCGGCCUUGCGCAGCGUGUAGUGAUGCAGCAGCUCCGCCUCGACGGAGAACGCGGCCUCGGCGACGUGCGGUGCGGCCACGACCUCGGACGCGCGUGGGGUCAGGCCCGUGAGCGCAAACUCGUCGACGCUGGGCGGGGCGUCGAGCGCCGCAAGGUUGGCCGCCUCGACCCACGACUCGGAGAUGAUGCUGACCGAGAAGCCCUUCGUGUCGAGGAUGUUACGCGCGGUGUCCUUCAGUCCCUUCUCGCCCGGCGCGACCGACACGACGAUGGUAGGCGGGUCCGCGCUGACAAUGUUGAAGAACGAGAACGGCGCGAUCUGGCGCGUGUCAGCUCUGCUGACCUCCGACCGCCCAACGCACAUUCUUCACGCCGUCCUUCGAGACCGUCGACACAAACGCCACGGGCCGCGGGGUAAUCGCACCCAUGAGCAGCUUGUACAGCUUCGCGCCGCUGUGCUCCUCUGGCACGAGGGUGCGGAAGGCAGACUCGGGGCGGUACGCGUCGGCAUUGGGGAGGGAGUUGAGGCCUCCGCCGGGGCGGAAGUCGGGCAGCGGGGGCUUGGUGUAGACUACCUCUGCGGCCGCAUUGAAGUCGGGGCGGGCAGCCUCGGUGACUUUGAAUGGCGGGCGAGACAUCCUUUGCGUGGGUUUACUUGGUUUCCAGUGGGUGUAGUACCGAGAGGCAGAUGUCGACGUCGAGUUAUAUACGCGCGGUGGUCGGGCAAGCAGUAGCCCACGCUGAAUCAUCG